AUGAAACGAGUGGAUGCAAUGUUAACGUCAGGAAGUGAAAAGGAGAGUGAAGAAGCGAAAGCUCGGGGAAAACUGAGUUUUAGGAGAAAACCAGAAAAAGAACUUUUACAAGAUCGAGGAAGAAAGGAUAAGAUAUUGGAAGGUAUCGGGGAAACAAAACGAUCCGCUUCUACCUCUGCAACAUUACCAGAAAACGAAAUAUCUGAAACCGAUGAGAAAGACGGUCUCACUGGUGAAGAAAAAAAACGAAUAGCAAUGAUCGCAAAAUCAGGAGAAAAAAUGGUAAGAACAAAAGUAGACGUUAGGCCUACGAAGUAUAACAUGAAAAUAAAAGAUCUUACAUCAACAACGACACGUGAAAGUGAUAGAAUACGCGGUAAUGACCGGAAAAUCAUGCGUGUUUUCAUUCAGAAAAAGGGUAAAGUACAUGAUAUGACAACAGCGCCAAAACGAGUCCGAUAUACAACGGAUGAAACUGCGAAGACAAAAAGUGACACUACCCAGGGACCAGUUCUAAAAGAAAUGGAUAGUUUGUACAAUUCAAUUAGUGCUGCAGAAUCAGAAUCAUCAGAAGAACGGGAAAUGAUGUUGGUACCGAAUAAAAUCAAAGAGAAAGAAGUGAUGAAUGAAAUCAGCUCAUCAAAUGUGGCCUCUUCCUCAACAGAUACUCCAACAAGUUGUAGUGAUCAAGAUGCAGAAUUCAGUACUCAGAAGUUGAAAUGUGUGAAGGACAACGGAAAAGCGACAAUGACAGCAUCUCCUGCUGAUAUGAACAUUGAUGCAAAACAAAGUGAACCGAACGAGCCACAAGAUCGAUCGUAUGCUGACGGACUUGCACAAAUACGAACAAUUCUCGAGAUUUAUGGGACAGAAGAGGAAAAAACAGAAGCGUUUAACAAGUUGUUGGAUGAAGAUGUAUCAAUAAGUGAGAAAGAAAUUGUUGGAAAUUUGAGGAAAGCAGUUUGUGAUCUACCAAUGAAUACAGAACUUCUCGAAAAAGUACUGAACAAAAUGCAAAACAGUGGUCUACUUAAGAAGCAAGAACAUAAAACGUUGCAGAAGAAUUUGGUACCACAAGCAGUAAAUGAAAGCGUCACAAUUGCACUACUUGCGCAAGUGCUGCAACGACAGAAACUCAAGAAAUCAACUUCUUGA